UCUCAAAUUUAAUGGGAGAGACAGACUGUCAUCUGCGGGGCAGAGGAGGACAAACUUUUCUUUGUAGAGUAUCCUAUGCUCUGCCAACAGCCUCCAAGGCAGUUCCCCUUUAAGGGUAAGAAGGCUUUUCCUUCUCUGUACCCCUCCUCCGCAGCCCCUGACUGCCUGGAAGAAGAGCACCACUUGGGAAUAAUCAUUAUUGCCAAUUAGGGAUUUGGGAGGUUUUCAUUGAUGGGUGGUUUUUACUAAUCGCGGUUCUUCAUCUUUGUGAGUUUAAAACAGAAAAGUCACAGAUGAAAGAGCCUGAUUGUAAGCUUCCUGAUCUACCUGUUUAUUUUUUUUUCCCCUUCCUCAAUGGUGCCAGGUAAUUUAGAGGGGGAAAAUCUCAAUUACCCCGUCAGCAGCCCCUCGAGCUCGCCCUGCUUCCUCCUCAGGAAGGGCAUGUGUGAGGAGCAGCUUAAAUGCAUAUUUGCCAAGCGGCACACUUAAUAAAUCAGCAUAUCUAAUUCGGCUGUUGACUGCGUUAAUUUCUAGAUUUACCCUCCCCCCCCCCCCACCGUGGCUUUUUCUCCCGUGAGGUUCUAGCAGAUUCCUCCUCUCCCCGAUUUACCCAAGCUUACUUCCCCUCUGCUUUCUCUUCCCUCCGCUCCACAUCCUAGCCAUCUCCUCAACUCCCCACUCCCGCUCUAACCUACUCCACCCAGCCCAGGCGGUCUCCUCUCUUCCACUCUCCAUCUGCGAAGGUGCCUGUUUCAAAUAGAUCGAAUAAUAACAUUAAAAAACGUUCCGAAAGCGCCGCUUGGUCCAGGCUGGCUUUUGGAGUCCCUCAAAGAGACGCUGUUCUGGGGAAUGAGAAGAGGGGGGGGGGGCGAUCUGUUUGUAGUACUCCGAGUCCUGAUGUCACAGGCUGAGCAAGGACAUAACAAGGAGGAGUCAGAUUACAGUAAGAAUGGCCAGUGCAGCAUAAAGCUCCGAGUAAAUGCGAAAUCAGCCAGGGAUCGUGUCCGGGAGAAGGAGGCAGUCUGCAAAGCCCAGCGUGGCUCCUGGGGAGCCAGGCACACCGACUGAUUCGUUCGCCUCUGGAGCUGCUUGCUCGCCCGUUCGCUCUCGCAGUCUCCAUGCCAUGCCGGGGAAAUUUCCACCUAACAUAGCAUGAAGCAGUCCCGCUCUCGGUGCCAGGCAGCCCGGCGUAGGGGGAGCUGAUGCCGAGGACGCAGCGGUGGGAUUCCAGCUGUAUGAUUAAUGAGAAACAUAAUGUAUUUUGGUGGCACAUGCCAGAGCCCUGCUCUCCCAGCCCUGGUGCGUCCACCUGCCCCACCUUUGCAGCCUUCGCUGGAUAUUAAACCAUUUCUUCCAUUUCCUCUGGACACUGCAGCUGCAGUCAAUCUCUUCCCCAACUUUAAUGCAGGUUUCUUCAGAACUCUUGGGGCCCACCAACAAAAUAUAAUGGACCCAAUUCAGAAAGCUGUAAUAAAUCAUACAUUUGGGGUUCCUCUUCCUCAUCGAAGAAAGCAAAUCAUAUCAUGCAACAUUUGCCAGUUGAGAUUUAAUUCCGAUAAUCUCCCAAAGAAUACCAAUGAAUACCAACUCACAUUAAGAGAGAGCCAGGCUGCGGCCCACUACAAAGGCACUAAACAUGCCAAGAAGCUCAAAGCACUGGAAGCCAUGAAAAAUAAACAGAAAUCUGUACCUGCCAAGGACAGCGCAAAGACUACCUUCACCUCCAUCACUACCAAUGCCAUCAAUACCAGCUCUGACAAAACAGACAGUACCGCAGGGACACCAGCAAUAUCGACGACGACAACCGUGGAAAUUCGCAAGAGCAGUGUUGUGACAACAGAGAUCACCUCGAAGGUGGAAAAGACGCCCCCCACCACCACCGCCUCUGGCACCAACAGCACGUGUCCUUCGACGGAGACCGAGGAAGAGAAGGCCAAACGGCUUCUGUAUUGUUCGCUAUGCAAGGUUGCUGUCAACUCGGCCUCCCAGCUGGAGGCACAUAACAGCGGGACUAAGCACAAAACUAUGCUGGAAGCCCGGAAUGGGAGUGGGACUAUUAAGGCAUUUCCUCGAGCAGGAGUCAAAGGCAAAGGGCCCAUCAACAAGGGAAACACUGGCCUGCAAAACAAGACAUUUCACUGUGAAAUCUGUGACGUGCAUGUAAAUUCAGAGACACAACUUAAACAGCACAUCAGCAGUAGAAGGCACAAAGACAGAGCUGCUGGGAAACCCCCCAAACCUAAAUACAGUCCCUACAAUAAACUUCAAAAGGGAACACAUCCACUUGGGGUAAAAUUAGUAUUUUCUAAGGAACCUUCUAAGCCAUUGGCUCCACGGAUCCUCCCAAACCCAUUGGCGGCUGCAGCGGCUGCCGCUGCUGUGGCAGUGAACUCACCCUUCAGUCUCAGAACAGCCCCUGCUGCCACCCUCUUCCAGCCAUCUGCACUUCCUCCAGCACUCCUCCGGCCUGCUCCAGGGCCCAUACGGACCACCCAUACUCCUGUGCUGUUUGCUCCUUACUGAACUCCAACUAGGAGUCAUUGUACUGCAAUAAUUUUUUUUCAAAAAACAAAGAAAACGAACAAAAAAAAUGAACUAUGCAGUGUUUAUUUAUAGUUUAAAGUCUAUCUGAAGAGCCAGGACUUUUGAUAGUGAAUUGAAAAGAUUCUAAAGGGGAUGGGAGGGAGGGAAGGGGCAGCAUUUUCUCCACAUAAGAGCAUUCCUCUUGAAUAUUGACUGUUUUAGAAGUGAUCUCCAGCAUUGACUUGUAGUGAUAUCUAGAACUUCCGAGACCUUUGUGACCGUGCUUUUGGGCACCUAUUUCCCCUGCAUUGUCUUUCCUGCUUUAUGAAACAACUUACCUUUGUCUAAGGGCAUUCACUGGUUCCAAUGUAUAUUCAGUACUUUAUUCUGUAGAUUAACGAGAAGAAAAAUGAGAAGCAGCAGCAACACUGUGAAUAGUAGACCCCUUCCCCAUCCUCCUGCCCUGUCAGCAGUUCAUGGGUAUUUAUCAGAACAAAAUUAGAUGCAGUAGUUGUCUUGUAAAACAGUAGCCAUGUCUCAGUUUAAUGCCUUUAGGUUUAUCGCCGAAUUGCAAAAGGUAGACCAGCCAGCUCGAUCAUGUAAGUAGGCGACAAGGGACACUGAGGAUGCUGUUGGAGAGGUCUUCCAAGUCAGUAAUCUUUCUCUCCUGCUCAACUGAGGCAAAUGCAGUGUUCAGAGACGUUGUAGAGCAGAGCGAUGCUUUGAGGUAACCCUUCCCCUGGGAAAAAAAAAUCGGAAAAAAAAGAAAAGUGAUUUAUUGCAAUAUUGCCAGUCCCCAGAAACAAUGAAUAUCCGUGUUUGAGAAUGUGGAUAGGUACACGCUGGGGGAAAAUACAUACCAUGGGUACAGACAAAAGAGAGGAUGGCAGGCAGCCCACCUGCUCCACUUAUGCGAGCUGGGGAUGGCCAGAGACAGUGCCAAGAUAAGUGUGGAGUCAGAAAUCCAUGGUCAUCCCUACCUCAUAAAAAAGGGAGCCUCGUAGACCUCUGCAACACCCCCCUUUAUAUCAUGCCAGUGGCCCCGUGUGUCUACGUAGAAUUCUUCUGUUUGGAGUACAACAGGAGAAAUAAACUGAAUUGAUACUUUUUUAGAUCUCCUACUGACAUGAUAUAAAUGUUUACUGUAGAUGUCAAAGAGAGGAGCAACAAGAAAAAAAUGUAAAUGAGUUUAACUGCACACCAUGGAUACAGAGUAGAGAAAAACACCUGGAAGGUCCUACUGGACCCUUAGUUCUAUCAUGGACUUUUGCAGGUUGGAAGCCUUAUGUGAUCCCUCUAAGGCUUCGAAGAGUUGACAGUGUGUCCCUUUAAAAUAAGAUUUAUCAGGGGUAUAUAUAAGUAAAUAUAUAUAUAUAUUGUAUAUAUGUUAGAAAGAUUAAGAAAAAUAACUUAUAAACAGAAAAUCUACUAUAUGAAAUAAAUAUAUAACCAUCCAACUUCACACUUUUAUCAUCAAAGUGGUAAAUAGUAAAUGGCAUCAAAAACAGCUCUGCCUUGGAUUUGUGAUCAAGGGGGAUUGCCUUUUGCCCACAGAGAGUCAAAAGGUAUUCCCCUGAUGGAGGAGGAUGCAGCUGCGUUGCUCCAUAGCUGAGAGACAUGCCACUCUUACACUUAGAACAAGAAUAAAACCACAACUUAGAUUUAAGGAAAAAAAAACAUAUUUUUGAAAAGUUUUUGUAAAGGCUAUUUCAUGAGGAAGGGACAGGAAGGCACACAUACGACCUUCCCGAAACUGCUUUUAGUAACAAAUAAAAAUAAAAUAAAGGAAAUUAGCAGCAAUUUGAAAAAUAGUAAGAAUUCAUGAUAAAAGAAUACUUUUGAACUUCAGAUGUUUCAUGUUUGACUGUCGCCAUAUUUAAAAACACUCACUACAGGUUCAGUGCUCACAGCUGAGCAUGGUCUUGAGCUUUCUCAUUCACAAUCUAGCCAUAGUUCGUGGUGCUCAUCUCUUUAAAAAUUGUAUGCUUAAAUAUAUACAUAUAUGUGUAUAUGUAUGUAUGUAUGUGCCUGUACACAUGGGCAUGUGUACAGACACAUAUAUUAAGCAAAAGAAGAAAAAUGUGUUUUCUGUAUUUUGUGGGGCAAGGAACUCAGAAGACUCACAUGGGUAUUUAUUUAAAUUAUAUCUUCAAAUUGUUGUUUAUUUUUAUGUCUCCCGAUAUGUGUAUCCUUUGGUCUCCCUGGUUUGUCCCAUUUUUACCUACAAUCCAAUUUGUGGCCCAUCUGUUUAACCAAGGAAGAAAUGAUUCAGAGGGGUUUGGGAGCCCUCUGCGGGCUCAUACUAUUUGGCCAUCGAGGGGAAGAUGAGAUAUUGGCUGCCCAUAGAAUGGCCAGAUGUGAUGAAAUGGUCCAUCCGGCAGGUUCUUUAGAGUCCUGCCUUGGGUUCAGUCUUUGCAUUAGGCAAAAAUUGUGGUUUUUACUAAUCACCCAAUGUUACUAUUUGAAAACCAAAAACAUUUUACCUGUAAGAAGGAAAUCAAACUUCCUCCAAAUCAAAGAUGAAGAAUAGAAAGCUGGUCUAUCACAACACGUUGUGAAUUUUCCCCGAAUUCUCCAAUUUCAUAGGAGUUGACCCUUCUCUCUCCUUCGCAAGGAAUGGGUUAUUUUAGGGAAGUAAAAGCAAAAGUAUCAUGUGCAAACCCAUCCAAAUCCUAUGCGGGGUCUGAAUCUCUUUCGCCUCCAAGCUCUGUGGAAAAAUUUUGGUUCAAAUGGCCGCUCUUAAGUUUGACCUGUAAACAUCGAUUGUCUCUUACUACCUAAUAAAGGAUGAAGCCUAAUUAUUAGGUCUUAUAGUGA